ACAGGCGAUAACACAUCACUAGCGUAUACAGGCCGACGCGCCGCACAGGUAUUUAAUCACGGGACUAGACGGAAGGUCGAAAGAACAGGGAGGCCAUGUUGGAUUUUCAGUAAACUACUCGUGAUCCCGGCGUCAGAAAUGCAUCCCUGGCGCAGUGCUCAGGAAGUCCUAUUGUGUGACCUCUGUGAGACUGUCCCCCUACAGAGUCGUUGUGAAGUUUGUAAUAUAAAUCUCUGUGUUAACUGUGUAGGAAAACACCUCUCGGACUCCUCUAAACAACACCAUGUCAUGCCCUAUUUACAAAGAAAGUCUACUCCCAACUACCCGAGAUGUCCGAAACACGUCGAAAAACACUGCGAACUUCACUGUGAGAAUUGUGAUAUUCCUGUUUGUAUUAAAUGCGUCUCCUCCGGUAAACACGAAGGUCACAAGUUAUCAGAAUUUCUGGAAAAACUCAGCGCUAAAACAAAAAAUUUACCAAAAGAUUUGGAGGAACUCGAGACCAGAAUUUACCCGCGAUAUGAAGAAAUGGCGUCCAAUAUCCAAACCGAAAAAGCCGACAUAGAAACAAACUACGGGAAAUUGACCACAGCUGCCGAACAAGAAGGUGAAAUUUUACACCGGGAGAUCACCGCCAUUGUCAAUCAGCGGAAAUCUGUCAUUCAGAAGAUGAAAAACAAACACCUAUCUACCCUGAACAAAAAUACAAAAGAAAUCACACAGAAAAUGGCGGAACUCAAACAGAUCAUUUCCGACUUGAAAUCAAUCCUAAAAUCAAAUGACGUCUCCUUAACCUCUACUUACAAAUCUAGGAAUUCCGAAUUUAGAACAUUACCGUCUAAAGUCCGAGUUACAUUUCCGAGUUUUACUCCUCAGAAAAUAAACAAAGAUCAGCUCAAUGAAAUGUUUGGUUCUCUGUCGCCAUUAUCCAUUAACACAGAACAUGGCGACACAAUGAAGUCAGCAGAAGCUGUAUCGUCUCGUCCAGUCAAACCACUGCUUGAUGAGCCGCGCCUCACCGCCACCAUAGACACUGGGUAUAGAGAACUAUACAGUGUUAGCUGUCUGAGUGAAGAUCAAGUCUGGACAUCCGGGGAUAACGAAACCAUGAAGCUCCUCAACCUCCAGAGUAAACUACUGACAUCAAUACAAACCAAGUCAGGGAAGCCGCCACAGGACAUAGCAGUGACACGGGACGGAGAUCUUGUUUAUACUGACACUAGUAAUAACACCGUGAACUUAAUUAAGAAUAAAAAGAUACGGACCGUGAUCACACUACAGGGGUGGAGACCUCGCUAUGUCUGCUGUACCGCGGCUAACGACCUCCUGGUUACCAUGGUCAGUGAUGAUGGAAAACAAUCCAAAGUCGUGCGUUACUCCGGCUCCACAGAGAAACAAAGCAUUCAGUUUGAUGAUCAGGGUCGUCCUCUCUACUCAUAUAAUGUUUUUAUCAAUAACUAUAAAUACCUCAGUGAGAAUAUGAACCUCGAUAUCUGUGUGGCUGACUGGUCAGCUAGUGCAGUAGUGGUGGUCAAUCAGUCAGGAAAACUCCGAUUUAGAUACACUGGUCAUCCCUCUAAUACCGAGCAAUCAUUUGAUCCAUACGGCAUCACUACAGACAGCCAGAGUCACAUCCUGACAGCAGACCAUUACAAUAACCGUAUCCACAUCCUAGAUCAGGACGGACAGUUCCUCCGUUACAUUCACUGUGAUUUAGAUCGUCCAUCAGGUUUAUGUGUGGACAUCAGAGACAACCUCUUUGUGGCUGAGUAUCACACUGCUAAAGUGAAGAAAAUCCAAUAUCUAUAAACACAGUGUUAAUUGCACCACAGCUCUACAGUGCUAUUUACAUCAGUGUGUUGAUUACAUCUGCUUGUUAAUUACGGUCCUGUGUUAAUUACAGCCCUGUGUUAAUUACAGCCCUGUGUUAAUUACAGCCCCGUGUUAAUUACAGCCCUGUGUCUGUGAUGUGUAAUUAACAUGUGCUUGUGUUUGUGAGUUUAACUGAUAGAACAUUAGUCUCUCACUGCUGUUUACUAAUUAUAUUUUAUCUGUAUCAUUAUGUUUAGUGGAACAGUAUUAAUAUUAGUACAUGACUAACUAGUUUGACUUUGUUACUUAUUAUCUAUAAACACUCUUUUGUGGACUAAUUUGACUGUGUUACUAGUUAUCUAUCUUUAUACAAUCUUUUGUGGACUAAUUUGACUAUGUUACUAGUUAUCUAUAUACAAUCUUUUGUGGACUAAUUUGACUUUGUUACUAGCUAUCUAUAUACAAUCUUUUGUGGACUAAUUUGACUGUGUUACUAAUUAUCUAUCACUAUACAAUUUUUGGUGGACUAAUUUGACUGUUACUAGCUAUCUAUAUACAAUAUUUUGUGGACUAAUUUGACUGUGUUACUAAUUAUCUAUCACUAUACAAUCUUUUGUGGACUAAUUUGGCUGUGUUACUAAUUAUCUGUAUACAAUCUUUUGUGGACUAUUUUGACUGUGUUACUAGUUGUCUAUAUACAAUAUUUUGUGACUUAUUUGACGGUGUUACUAGUUAUCUAUAUAUAAUGUUUUGUGGACUAAUUUGACUGUGUUACUAGUAUCUUUCAAUAUGUGUAUAAUUUUUAAUGUGUAUAUUAUAGAUAAACAUGAUUUAGA